AUGCCAACCCUGCUGCCAAGCUGGCACAAGAGGACCUGGACCACCCUCCUGCUCGUACUCCACCUUGUUAUCUUCAGCCACCAGGUGACAGGCUCGGUGCUUGAAAGUCUGAUAGCUAAACGGACUGAAUACUGGGAGAACUGCAAUAGAACUCUGGUGCACUCACUCCCCAAAACAGGAAACUACUGUAAAGGGACGUUUGACACAUUUGUGUGUUGGCCUCAUUCAUCUCCAGGGAAUGUGUCAGUCCCCUGUCCUUCUUACCUGCCAUGGAUCAGUGAGGAUGACUCCAGGAGGACACACAGAGAGUGUUUAGAAAAUGGGAAAUGGCGACAGAGGGAGAAUUCCUCUGAACCCUGGAGAGAUGACGCACAAUGUCAGGAGGACCAGUACUUUAAGGACAAGGAGGAUGAAAUGCUUCGCCAGACAGCCCUCAGGCUCAUCUCUGUUAUUGGCUAUUCCCUGUCCCUGACCUCCCUCACCCUGGCCACUCUCCUGAUGGGCAUGCUCAGGAAGCUCCACUGCACCAGGAACUACAUCCACAUGAAUCUGUUUGUGUCGUUCAUCCUGAGAGCCGUAGCUGUCAUUUCCAAGGAAAUCGUAUUAUACAUCAUGUAUUCCAACCUGCCCAAGGACGACCCCGGUUGGAAGUCCUACUCAAGCUCUCCAACAGCAUUGAUGUGCAAAUUCUCCAAAGUGUGCAUGGAAUACUUUGUGGCCUGUAACUACUUCUGGCUUCUGGUGGAGGCCAUCUUCCUCCACACACUCCUCUUCACCGCCGUGCUGACUAAGAGACGACUGCUGAAGAAGUACAUGCUGCUGGGAUGGGGAACUCCAGUCUUAUUUGUGACACCAUGGACAGUCGUCAAGAUUGUAUAUGAAAACACAGAAUGCUGGUCAAUCGUGAACCGAUGGUUCUGGUGGAUAAUAAGGGGCCCGAUUACUUUGUCAGUGCUCGUGAUAUUCUUCAUAUUCAUCAAGAUCCUGAUGCUGCUGCUGUCCAAGCUGAAAGCAGAUCAGGUGAAAUUUACAGACUACAGAUACAGCUUGGCAAGAGCAACACUGGUCCUGAUCCCUCUGCUGGGAAUCCAUGAAGUGGUCUUUACAGUGCUGAUAGAUGAAUGUGUGGAGGGCAACAGUCGCUACGCCAGGAACUUCCUGAACCUCACCCUCAGCUCUUUCCAGGGUUUCUUGGUUGCCGUGCUGUACUGUUUUGCUAACGGAGAGGUCCAAGCUGAGCUUAAGAAGCGCUGGCAGCUUUUCCUGUUCACCAACCACUUCCAGGUCAGGGGCUGUUUUAGGGGCGCGCCCCUAAAGCACCUGUGGAAGUGCACCCGAGGGCACCGCCCCCCGUGUGCUCGGCAGAAUGACUCUUGCAACGAGAGUGGCACUUACACAACUCAUCCACACCUGCAUCAGGUGGCUGUACAUGGAGGAAGUGGAGUGCUUGGAUUAGGAGAGGUUAAAGGUCAGGGGCUAAAAGACUGUGACAUGACAGGGCUUGACCUUCUCACCAGGAAGAGCCUGUCCAGUAGCGAUGGGGAGAUGACGCAUGGAGAGACCAUGGAGGAAAUUCUGGAAGAGAGCGAGUUCUGA